CAGAUUUUACUGGAUGUAUUGUUUCUCUUUAAUCUACUUCAAUGUCGUCUUUAUACACUCUAUGAACAAAACUGACCUGUACGUUUGUGAUAGUUUUAUAAACAUUUUGCACGCGAGUAGUAAUAAAUUAUUAAAUUAUAUUUACAUUAUAUUUAUGAAAGAAUUUUUAAGAGUUAUUGAAAACGGAAUCGAUACCGCACGACGUGAGAGGUUGUUCAAGCCAAAUAUAGAUAUGGCAUUAAUUAGAAGAGCAACUCAUGCUGGUAGUUGGUACUCAGAUUCUGGUUCAGAAUUGAAUAAGCAACUAGAAGGUUGGCUGGGUGCAGCAGACCUAUCUCAUGGACCUGCUAGGGCAAUCAUUGCCCCACAUGCAGGUUAUAGCUAUUGUGGAGGAUGUGCUGGUUUUGCAUAUCGUCAAAUUAGUCCAGUAGUUGUCCGCAAGAUAUUUAUUCUAGGACCAUCUCAUUAUGUGAGAUUGCCAGGAUGUGCCCUCUCUUCUGCUUCCAUUUAUCGAACACCAUUAUAUGACUUACAUAUUGAUCAACAAGUACGGAGAGAACUCGAAGAGACAGGACAGUUUGAAUGGAUGGAUUUGAAUACAGAUGAAGAGGAACAUAGUAUUGAAAUGCAGUUACCAUUUCUAGCUAAAAUUAUGGAAGGAUUUAAAGAUUCGUUUACUAUAAUUCCCAUUUUAGUGGGAUCUUUAACUCCAGAAAGAGAAGCUCUUUAUGGAAGAUUACUAGCACCUUACUUGGCUGAUCCUCAAACAUUGUUUGUUGUUUCCUCAGAUUUUUGUCAUUGGGGACAAAGAUUUCGAUAUACAUACUAUGAUAGGUCAUGUGGUCCAAUUCACAGAUCUAUCCAAAAUCUUGAUAAGAUGGGUAUGGAUAUAAUAGAAACAUUAAAUCCUACAAUGUUUACGGAUUAUCUUAAAAAAUAUGGUAAUACCAUAUGCGGCCGUCAUCCAAUUGGUGUUCUGUUACAGGCAAUACACAGUUUAAAAGGAAAUACUAAUGGUCAAAAAAUGAAUUUAAAAUUUUUAAAAUACGCUCAAAGUAGUCAGUGCAAUAAUAUGAAUGAUAGCUCAGUUAGUUAUGCAAGUGCUUCCUUAGUUCUUGAGUGAUGUUAUACAUUAUUUCUUUAUGAUCAAUAACAUCUGAGAGUAAAGACAUUUGAUGAAUGUGGUAACUAAAUUUAAUAAGGAUAUCAGUCAUAUUGUAAAAAGUCCGACUAUAUGAACCAUAGGAUAAGAUAAAAAAAUGAAAAAAAAAUAUAUAUAUAUAUAUUAUGGCUGGUACUAUUAAUCACAAAUAUGAAAGAGUUACCCUGUGUGCAAAAGAAAUUAUUUGAUUGUUACAACGCAAAUGAAUGUAUACUACUAACAAUGUCAAAAUGUUUUGUAUAAGUGCAUUUUCUUUUAAUACUUACAAAUCGUAUUCAGUACUUCCAUAAUUAUUGCAAUAAAGGAAGGAGCUUAAGUAUUUCUUUGCUUUGGUUGGAAAUACAGCCAUGUGUAGUUAAUUAUAUAAUUAUAUAAUACAUAAUUUAUACAUGUAUGGAGAGUAAGUAUAACUACUGACAAUGAAGAGAAAAAUCUUUCACUUUUUGCCUUUAAUAUUUUACUAUUUCAAGUCAGAUGUUCAAAUUUUACACACGGGUCAUAUUUUUUUAAAGAGCUUCUAUAAAGUAAUUAGAUAAUAAUUUCUUUUUUCGAUUAAGAUAAAAUUCCUACGAUGAUAGAAAAAAAAAGAAGGAAAAAAGAAAAAAAAAAGAAAUUGAAAUAAAAAUCUAUAUUACACAGAUAUUGAAUAUAAAUUUUGAUAAAAGAUUAAGUAAAAAUCUAAGAGUAAAGAUCUAGUCAUUUGCAGUCACUACUUCCAGCGUUUAAAAGUAACUGAAUAAAAAUGUUCGGAGAGAGAGACUAGUCAACAUUUUAUUUAUUAAUUGAUCAUCAAAAACAAAAUAUAUCUCUUCUAUGUCAUUAGUAAAGCUGCAUAUUCUGUGUUACUUCAUAUAUUAUUAUAUGAAAAGAACUGGUAUUAACGAACUCCCACAAAACUUAAUACAUGUUAUAUAGUUUUUCAAAACAAAGCAAUGGAAUGAUCUCAUAUCCUUCCUAUCCCAUAUUUUAUUAUUUAAGCAAAUAUGAUGACACAAACAGAGUAAUUCUUACUUUACUACUCGUUAUAUAAUAUAUUAUAAGAAGGAAAAAACGAGGUCGACGAAAAAGCAGUGUUUUGUAACAUAUAGUCUUUAAAUAUUCGUUUAUAUAGGUUUAUUUUUUAUACUCUUACAAAUUUCUUUGUAUAAUUAUAAAAAUGAAAAAUCUUCUUUAAUAUUAUUGUUUAAUAUGUGAACUCACAAAACUCUGCUUAAUAAUAAAAUAGAACAUGAUAAAUAACAACAAAAUAACUUGUUAUCUGUAAGACUUCCAUAGGAUUAUGUCUAUGGAAUUGUAAAAGUGAUCCUGUACAUGUUGCUUUUUCUAUCUUUAUAUACUAAGAAUAAUAAUGUUUAUAUUUGUAUGAAGAAUCUGGAUUAAUCCACACAUGUUGUUUCAUAGCUGUCUAAUAAAAUUAAGUCAAGAAAAAUA